AUGAAGUCGGCUUUCGUCCGCGAUCAGGCUCCAGACGACGAGAUGUGCCUGGUGCUUGGUGGCCUGUUCACCGGACCGGCGCGUAACUGGUACCGGCAACUUAGUCGAACCACGAGGGUGCGGCUGGAAGGAGCUCCUGCGCGAGUUCCAAGUGCAGUUCUGUGGACUCGGAGUCUCGGUCGCGAGACAAUACUACCAUGCGAAGCUGCGCGUGAAGAGCGGCCCAUCCGACGUUCGCCGCGAGCACGUGGAACACUGGACGACCACGAUCUAGCUGCUCAGCUUGCGUUGCUGGGUAUCUCAGAUGCCGAUGCGCUGGAAGAGAUACUGCGGGCGAGACAGCGUGCUAAGAACCGUCAGAGACGAGCACACAUUAGCACGGCAAAGUAG